AUGGAUGAAGAUGUCCUGUGGGCUACUACCACUGUCAUUGACAGGAGAGCAGUCUUGGAUAAGAAGGAGGAGAGACGCCAAGCUCGUGCACGUAAGCUGGGUGUUUUAAGAGUGAACAUCUCUGGACAAGAGCUAAUGAAGAGAGACGAUUCCCUCAGUCAAAAUGUUGCUGAUAUUCAGGUGGAGGAGAGGGUGAGGAAGACGUCUUCUGACCUGCGGUGCGAGAUCAUUGAUCUGGGAGGCGCGAAGAACGUCAGUGAAUUACGCAGGCGGAAAAAGACGAGGAAGAAGGAAGAGAACAACUCCAGGGGCAAAGUUGAUAUCCCUGCGGUGAAUACACUAAUUUGGCCUGUUGAUACUGCUGACUUCUUGAAAGCAGCUACAGAAGGAAAUCUCAAAGUGAUUGAGAUGUUCCUGGAGAAUGGAGGCGACCCCAACAUCUGUGAUGAAUUUCGAAAGACAGCGCUUCAUCGAGCUUCUCUGGAGGGUCACGUGAAAAUUGUAGAGCUGUUACUGGACAAAGGAGCAGAUAUCAACUUUAAAGACCGGCUGGACUGUAGAGCAGUCCACUGGGCUUGCAGGGGAGGUAGUUUGGGGGCUCUCAAAGUCCUUCAGAGCCGAGGAGCUGACUUAAAUGUCAGAGACACGCUGAUGAGCACACCAUUACAUGUGGCCACCAGGACCGGCCACUGCAAUGUGGUCGAACGUCUCCUGGCCAGUGGAAUUAAAAUGAAUGCCAAAGAUUGGGAAGGGGACACCGCUCUGCAUGACGCAGUCCGUUUGAACCGAUACAAAAUAGUCAAACUUCUUAUACUGGCGGGAGCAGAUAUGAAAAUCAAGAAUGCCGAAGGUAUUACUGCCACUGAGCAGGUGAAACUGUGGCAGUUUGACACAAAAGAGACACUGGAGAAACUGGAACAAAUGAUGGAGGUGGCUUGAUAGGACAGCUUUCAAGAGUUUUGUCUCUCAGUAGUUCAACGGAUAUGACGCUGCUACGACGCGUCCCAAGCACACAGACUAACUCAGGAAUCCACUCACG